AUGGUUCGUCUUGUUGAGUACUCAGCUCUUUCGGGGACGUCCUUGUCGAGACCGCAAUAUGCAUGCCUGAGUCAUUGUUGGGGCAAGACGCGUUCCAAGCGCAUCACCACUAAAGAAACGUUGGAAGCGAAUAGCACGGGCAUUACGCUAUCAGAGCUUCCACAAACGUUCAAGGACGCCAUUGAGGUUGCACGUGCACUACACGUGAGGUAUCUAUGGAUUGACUCGAUGUGUAUCGUCCAGGAUGAUAAAAUCGACUGGGAGCAUCAUGUCAAGAUCAUGGCGGGAAUCUACGCGAAUGCGUAUAUCACACUGGCAGCCGGUGCCAGCUCUGACGACGAUGGAGGCUUCUUUCGGGAGAGUCCUCCCAGGUUUAGUAAGCCGCACUCUUUCAAGAUCGCAGAUUCGAACUGUGAAUAUGAGAUAUUUCUGCGGAUACGCUUGCCGCAUCCUGAUGAAGAGGACUGGCCCGGCGGUCCAGUCAUGCCCCUUAUGACUCGUGGAUGGGUGUUCCAGGAGAGGCUGCUCUCCAGACGUUUCCUAUGCUUUGCCGUGAACGAAAUCAUGUGGGAAUGCCUCGAUGAUGUUGCAUGUUCUUGCUCAACGAGUCAGCAUGGCUUCAACGCCAGAUUCACUCAUGAAUUGCCGGCCUUACUGAACUGCGCCGCAACGAAGUACUUCUUCGCACAUCUGUCAACGCUACAUGACAAUAAGCUGUUCAGUUUCUGGCGUGAUAUGGUCGAGGCCUAUAGCCAGAGACAGAUUAGCUUCCCGUCUGACAAGCUACCGGCGCUCGAUGGUAUACGCCAGGUCAUAGGCCGCGCCAUCACCGGUCGAGGGAUCAGUGACACUUAUCUCUUCGGGAGUUGGGCGGAGUCACUGGCAGAUGACUUGUUGUGGUCGAACGAUUGGUACGACAGGACGGCUGGUUAUCGCCAAUGUGAAGCACCAUCUUGGUCCUGGAUCUCAGCCGCCGAAGGAAGCGUUUCCUGGUCCAGUAAUACUGAAUUAAUCGACCGGAGAUGGAAGCUGAAGAAAAUCCCAAACGUCGACCAAGGUGUGGAAAGCUAUGGCGGCGUAAUGAUUCAUGGCAACCUGGCUGUUGUUUCGCUUCGCAAGGUUGAAGAUGAAAUGGAAAAAACACAUCCUGGGUUCCGCUCCUGUAAUGUAUACAAGCAAUUAAGACCCGCUGACGUUACAAAUCCCGGGUCGACGUCUUUAGCAGGGCCAUUGACCACGAACAAGCCACCCCAAUUGCAAAUCAACAUCAUCGAUGAUCCAGAAAAUCCAGACAAUCUUGGAAAUAUUUGGACUGACUACCAAUUUUGGAAGGAUGAGAGUCAACUAUGGAGUGUCUUGGAAGAAUCGUACUUUAUGCCGUUUGGGAUAGAGAACCAGACUCCUCAAUUCGAAGAAACACCCAGUUCAUACUGCUGGGUAGGUGGUGUUCUAUUGCGUAAUUUGGAAAGGGACCUUGACGGCUGCAAGACAUUUGAACGCUUAGGGUGGCUGAGGUACUAUAUCGACAAACCGAAGGAAGAAUACGAGCCCUCAGGGUCUUAUCAAGACGUUUGGAUAAUGUGA